GUAUAUCAAUUAUAUGAAUAGUUGAAAAGAUAUGUGGAGUUCUCGACUACCAGUGGUAGUCUUAUUUUUUCUUUUCCGUUCUUUUGUCGGAUCAACAAAUGUGAAAUUAGAGAAUAAUGGAUACAAAGGAUUACUAAUUGCUAUUCAUCCUACCGUUCCGGAAAGUUCAGCAUUGAUUCAGGAAAUAACUGACGCAUGGACAAGCGCAUCAGAAGCUUUAUACAAAGCAACUAAACAUCGCGCGUAUUUCAAUACCAUUACAAUACUGGUGCCGGCAACAUGGACCAAAACUUCUUAUCCUAUAUCAACAGAAGAGACUUACAGCGAGGCCGAUGUAGUGAUUGAAAGCGGUUCCAUAUCAGCCCCUUUCACGGAACAAUACGGAAGUGCAUGUGGCGAGCCAGGAAGCAAAAUCCAUACCAGAUAUAACUACUAUACUGACGAUGACGCUGUUACAAAUUUCGGUCAAAGAGGUAAAGCUAUUGUUCAACAAUGGGCACAUUACCGAUAUGGCAUAUACGAUGAGACUUCAACAGAGUAUACGAAGCAAAAUGGAGAACCCCAAGCAUCAAGGUGUCCAGAAUCUGUCAGUGGAUUAGUUGUCAAUGUUGAGAACACUGCUACGACUUGUGCGUUUGAUGAAAAUACCAAUACUUACACAGAUGAUCCGUGUGUUUUUUUACCACAAGAAAAUACAGCUGGAGUUAGCACCACUCUUUCGUGUUACCAGUAUUUGGACAAUGUUGUCACAUUCUGUCACGAUCAGGACCCAACCAAUCCGAACGAUCCGAACGUCCAUAAUUCAAAUGCAAAGAAUGAGCAAAAUCGACUUUGUGACAGAAAAAGUUCUUGGUAUCACAUUUUACAACAUGACGAUUUCAUGAAUGGGAGUAAUCUAGCAAAUGAUAGCAUUACUGACCUAACGCCCUCGUUCAAUUUUGUCAAAAUGGAAGAACAUCCAAGAUAUGUUCUCGUUAUAGAUGUCUCAAACAGCAUGAAGGGGCUUAGAUUACAAACGUUCAGAACAGCAGCAAGAGAAAUGAUAAUGAAUUAUCUACCAUCAGGAAGUCGAAUAGGAAUGGUUGAGUUCUCUUCAAACGCUGAUAUAUUGAGUUAUUUGAAAACUAUAGAAACUCGAAAUGAUCGUGAAGAUUUUGUGAAUUUGCUUCCCACCAUUACUCAAGAUUUCACAAGCAUUGGAGAUGGAUUGCUCAAAGGAAUUGAAGUUUUGGAGUAUGGAGGUGAAAGCGCUGCAGGAGGAAAUCUUAUAGUCUUAGUUGAUGGGAAAGAAAAUGAACCGAAUUUCGUCGACAUGGUGUUUGAUAGCAUCGUAGGAAAGGGAGUUCAUGUCAGUACAAUAUAUUAUGAUGAAACCGAUGGAGGAAGAGAAAAAGGACUUCAACAACUUAUAACAGAAACUGGUGGAAAAUGGGUUUUUGUUGCCGACGAAAACGAUUUAAAUUCUUUGACAAACGCUUUUAUUACAAUGGUCCAACCAGAAGAUGGUGAUACUACAGCACAAGUUCUUACUAUCGAAAGUUAUGAGGUGAGCAUACCAUCAGGAGCAUAUCAAUCAUCUGUAUAUUUGGAUCAAACAAUUGGAAAGAAUACUGUUUUUUCAUUUUCUUGGAAUUCUGGCAACCCAGAUUUGAGCGUAAGACUUCAAAGCCCAGAUGGUUGCGAGUUCACCCAUUCAAGCAGUGGACCAACUUCGAAUUGUGGAAAUACCGUGAGCUCAGAAGCCAUAGGAUUUAAUACAAUAUCGUUCAAUAUGUCUAGUAUUGCAAAGGAAGGAAACUGGAAAUACAUCAUAGAACCAUCCUUGGGUUCAAAGGUCAAUAUUCAAAUAUCAUCGUCAGCAGCGGAUCAAGAUGUUGAACCAAUAAUGAUAACGCCAUUCCUAACAACAUCAGAAUCUAGUUCUGUAAAGGUACUGCGCGCGAAAGUUUCAAAAGGGUUGCUACCUAUUGCUGGGGUGAAUGUUGUAGCAAAAAUUUCAAAACCAGAUAAAAGUGUUGUCACUAUUGAUCUUUUCGAUAACGGAGCGGGGGCGGAUCAAAAAAUGGAUGAUGGAAUAUAUUCAAAGUCUUUAACGGAUAUUACAACCAUCAACGGUCGAUAUAGUGUAAAGAUUGAAGCAACUGCAUCAGGCACAUCUGCUAAAAUAAACGGAAACACGAUGUCAUUUGCAAAUUACAACUAUGGCGUUGUCCUUGACGAUGGUUCUGUGAAGUUGAAUCCAAACGGCUUGCCAGAUUCAGUAGAAUCAAACAGUAUUUCUGUUACUGAAUUUAGUAGAUCUCUCUCGAUGGUCGGCUUCACUCAUUCUGGCGCAUCCGGAGGACCAGAUAAUAUAUCGCCAUGUAAAAUUAUUGAUCUCGAAAUCAAACAAGCAACCGAAUCCACAAACAAAAUCGACAUUUUAUUUACUGCUCCGGGAAACGACUACGACGUAGGAAAUGCUUUUUAUUAUGAAAUGUUUUACACAUUCGAAGCGUCCACCGAUUUGAUUAAUCUCGGUCAGUCGAGAAAUGAAACAACACGUGUGGUUUUAGAAGAUGAUUUCUUACAAGGAAGUUUGAAAAGUCCUAAAAAGUUUGGAGAGAUUGAAACUAUGAGAUUGGCGCUUGUGUCUGUGCCUACUAUAGAAGGAUUUUACACAGUCAGCUUAGUUGUGCGAUCAGCGGACUUAGAAGGCAAUGUAUCGCCGAUAUCUAAUAUUGCGGCUACGGAAUAUGUCGUAGGUAAACCAGUAGUGAUAGCAACAUCGACCAAUUCAGUAUUUUCAACCUCCAUCAAAGUAACAACAGUAUCAAAACCUACGUCGAUACCGAGUAAACCAGAACCAUCAAAUGGACUUAUCAUUGGACUUUCUGUUCCGAUUGUAAUAAUUGUCAUUUCCGUUGUAGCGGUGUUAUUAUGGUUAUGUAAACGACACAACCGUAAAAAGGCAGUCAGUCCAAGGGAGAGGGUCUAUCAACCAAGCGAAUACGACAAGGCCACGGAUCUUCCUCAUGAGUGCCCACCGGAUUAUUCGACAGUCAAUGCACCUUAUCAACAACCUUCUUACAGGUAUGAAGCAUACCAACGACAACCUUAUUAUCAAACAAAUGAUUACGAAUUCGCCCAAACAAACCAAUCUGCCUAUGAAACUCCCAUACAACAGCAAUAUUACGAAGAUGUCGAUAAUGCCCCGCCGCUUCCUCCUCGUCCACCAAACCGUGGGUGAGGGAGUCCAGGUCUCCAGCAAAUGCGGAUCAUUAUUCAAAAUAGAAUAGAAUAGAACACAAAAUAGAGUACAAUUGUAGAAGAUGUAGAGUCCUGUCAAAUUCGGCGCAAAAAUAUAGUUCCAUCGAUUACUAAUCUUCAAAUUAGAAUUAUUUUUUCUGAAUAUUCCCACGUCAAAUUUCGUAUUUUGAUGUAUGUGGAAGCGAAUGACUAAAAGAAAACCAAUGUUGAAGUUAUGCCUUUGUUAUACAUAUUAUUCAGAAAAAAAUUGGAAAAAACACCGCGUUCUGUCUGUAUUUUAAUGAGACUGGUAUUUUGUGACGGUAUCAAUAUAAGUGAUAAAUGUUUCUUAGAGUGUAUUUUUACUUUCGUACAAGACAAAUUUAGAUAAUGUCUCUUAUUUUAUAGAUUUUUGAUUUUUUCAUUUGGUAAACGCUAUCUUGAUAUUGAAUUUUAGUUAUAAAAUAAUUAAUUAUUGGAAAUUGCGACAGAGUGAAUAAUAUUUUUGGUGCACAUUAUUACCAUCAAUUUUGCAAAGUAGAUAUAUUUGAGUUUGAAUGUCGAAAUAACUGGUUUAAAAGAUGUAUCGAUUCUAUGUUUUGUGUAUAUGCAUAGGAUAAUUGAAGAUCAUCAUAAAAUUGUACAUUAUUGACUCUACUGCCCACUAAAAUUUUCUAUUCGGCAUUUGAUAAAAAGGCACUGUUCGCUCUAGUGGCCUUUAUAUAUCUCCUAUAUAAUUACUGUAUUAUUAUUUUAAUAAUUUUUUAUUCAGAUAGCUAUUUGUUUUACCAAACCUAGUUUACUUUUUCAAUAGUUAAUUGUUUAGUUUGAGUCACGUCACGUCGUUAUUGGAAUGGUAUCUUGAAUAAAUUUUAGUUCUUAUGCACGGUAAGUGCUCACGUAAAAGUCAGUGUUGAUUACAGAAUUUUUUUUGUUCUUUGAACUUUAAUCUUCGUUUUUAAGUCCACAACCCUUCAACUUUAUUUCAGCACAGUUUUGUGAAAGCAUUGGUGAAAAAAAUCCCAAAGUACUGGUGUUUGAUCAUUUCCCAAAUCCCAAAAUGAAAUUGCAAAAGAGUCAAGAGAUACGGUAUUAUUGUGGUUCAUUAUAUAUCGGUUGACCCUAUACCUGACUUCAGUUUAAUGCAACACGGUGAAAAAGUACUCCACCCAAAAUAUAGUGCAAAAGAUCUGUAUAACAAAACGUUUAUUGCAAAUAAAGUAACUGAUUAGUAAUAUCCUUGCUAUUUACAUGUAACUCUAUUAUAUUUAACUACACAUCACAAAUGUUUUCGUUGAAUCACAAAUUGUCCUCGUUUAUAGGAGGAACAUAUAUAUAUAUAUUUCAUAAGAUUUUAGUUACACACGAGUUGCUAUAUAUAUAUCAAUAUAAAUGAUAAUAAAAAUGAAACAGUGAGCAGUUAUCAACAAAAUACAGUCAAAAUGAACAGUAUAUUGAACUAGAAAACAAUACUUGUUUGUUAGAAGUGCAAGUCAGUAUUGCGUGAAGUAUUACUACUGAAAUGUAUUUAUUAAGCAUGUGGGUUUUUGGAAUAUUGCUUCUUUGUCCCAGCCUCCAUUUUAGCAUUGUCAUCUUUAAUCUUGUUGGAUUUUGAGACUUUGUGUAAUUUUUUCUUUCGGUGAAACCAAUAUGCAAGGAACCCGCCCACACCUGGUAAAAUAUAAAUAAAGCGACGAUAUUUUGAGAUGAAUGGAUUUACAUGUUUUUAUCGAGUGACUCUAACCGAUUCUUAUACUAAAAUCGUCAUUGAAUUAUACAUCUCGAUAUGACCAUUUCCAAGUAAUAUUUCCAAACACUAAGCUUUAAUAAAAGCCGAAAUGAUAUA